CAUGGAUACCGCAUAAACAUCCGCUUAUUAUUAAGCUUUCAACUGAAAGCAUCAACUAACAGAAUAAUUUCUUGUUUGUCUUAUUUUCGAUUAUUAAUUUUAAACAAAUAAAACAUUUUUGAUAUUAUAUUACUAAAACUUACGGAAUUAUACAUUUAGUUCCCGUACUAUUUUCGAUGCAGGUGAUUCUGCGGAAGUGACUAUUUACAGCAAAUAUGUAAACAGGUUCCAAGCGACAAUAGGAAAGUGAGAAAAGUGAAAUCGUGAAUGAUUUAAUUAUCCAAUAAGGAGUACUAUCUCAUUGUGUUUAUUUGCUUAAGGUAUAAAAAUGUCAUCUGAAACGGUUGCAAAAGUCGUUGGAAAAAAGCUGCGUCACUACUUCGAGGUGAAGAGACUGGAGGAUGGCUUCGACCUGUCAGGAGUUAACCAACCACAACUCAACCAUCCACCUCUUAAAUCGUUGUCUGUGCUGGUCCCCCCAACCUUGACAUCUCCGUACCGGAGUCACAUGCUAAGGAGGAAUGAUCCGCAGAGGGCUACACUGCAGUAUGAUGGUUUACACGACCGAGCACUGAAGCACUAUUUCAGCCAAGCGGAGGUCAAGACUCGGAUCACUCAAAUGCACCCGACGGACGGAGAACUGAGAGAGGAUGACAUAAAACGACUCCUCAAACGUUACAUGUACAAGUAUAGGUUCAUUCCAGACAGUAAGGACAACAACAAGUUACAGAUCAAACAGCCCCAGAAGGUCGUUGGGUUUGACCUUGACCCUUCAAGGUCAGGUCACCUUAGUAACAGAAAGACGCCAUGGCAACCCAAUGUGCACAACAAGCAUCCGACCAUGCCUGAGUGGAUGUACCGACAUCACCCCACCCAGGGGAGGGCAAUCAAGGCGGAGUUGGUCGGCUUUGGCGUGGGGCUUCCCUCACAGAAACACAAACGUAUCAAGGGAGGAUUCCCACAGAUGAGGACCGUUCCCAGCAGGUCCAUCACACGCGGCGAGGCACAGAGGCUGAUAGAUGUCGCCACCAAGAUACUUGUUGCUACAGAACAUGUAAAUAAUCUUCAGGCAAGGCCCGUUACUCCAAACCAUAAGAAGCAGGCAGCCCCUAAACCAUUUGAGACCAACCAAAACCUGCCUGAUGGUAAAAGCAGAAAGAAAAAGCGGCCGUCAACUGCAAAGUACACCUGGGAUAUACAUGGCAGACGACACAUCAGAGUCAAGGAUGAGAAGGGUGAAGGGAAGGCUAGACCGGCGUCUGAGAGAUCACACCGGUCUUAUGAUGACAGCUUCGUCCCAGACUGGCUAAUUCAUGAAAUGCAACAUGACCUGGCGACCGGCGAAUACCUGCCUUAUGUCCCCUAUUACCUUGAACCUUAUGACAAAUAUGGCCCUGAACCGAAUAGUCAGAGCUUUGACAAUGAGCCCCAUAUCUUGUAUGGUCCCAUAUCCCCAGGCAGUCAGUUUAUUGAUGACCAGUAUGGUCAGAAUGUACAAGAGUCGCAUGGCCUUAAUGAUACAGCUCCUUGUGGUCAGUUUGUUGAUGACCAGUAUAGUCAGUACAGACGUGGUUCACGUGGCUGGUAUAGAAUAGUACCUUUUGGUCAGAUAAAUGUUUACCGGUCAGAUCAAAAUUCCCAAAAGUCUUUUGGCCCAAAUACCAAGGGUUCACAUGGUCAGCUAGUUGAUGACCGAUAUGAUACGUACACACAAGGGUCACAUGGCUGGUAUUCCCCAAAGUCUUGGCUGUUACACAGCUCUGUGCCUCUAGAUGAUAAACACCGUGGGAAAAGGACUCAGAGGCGAGAUGAAAGGAAACAGAAAGAGGCGGAGUCUGAGGAAGAUGAGCCAGCCACGCCCAAGCCCUCACCCCGCCCCAAGUCAGCUAAGUAUCGUCAGCGGGAGCCUGACCCCUCCCCACCCCGGCCUACUGUGAUAAAUGUGCCUGAGACUCCAAUGAGUAAACAGGUGGCGGUCAACCAGGGAUCACAGACGGUAGAUGAUGUGGGAAUACAAACUGAGAGGAAGCUUCUGGAAGAAUAUGAUCAUUCAGAGGAAGAGGUGAAGGACGGUCCGUGGUGUGAGUACCAGGUGUACGUGAGGACGGGGGACCGGGUUGGCGCUGCAACCAAGGCAGAUGUCAAGAUCACACUGUACGGGGAGAAAGGUCGCACCAAGGAGAUCACACUGGGAAAGUCCUCCCAGAACAAGGUCAAAUUCCAGAGGGGAAAGGAGGAUAUAUUUGUAUUCCCGGCACACCAUGUUGGAAAACUGCGCAAAAUCAAAAUAGGCCAUGAUCGACCAGAACUCAACUAUGCGUGGUACGUAGACAGUGUGUCUGUAUCGGACAUGCAUGACAAGCGGAUCUAUGACUUCCCCUGUCACACUUGGCUGUCUGGGCGCGAUGGUGACAAGAAAACAUACAAGGAGUUCACACUGGAUGGAGAAAGAGCAUUUGUUGAAGCAUUUAAUAAAGAGCGAGAGAGGUCAUACCCUUCUGCAGGUCGGGACAGAAACAAGGGUGAUGACUCAUCAGAAAGCAAAGCAUCAAAGAAUGACAAGGGAAGUCAAGAGUCGUUGAGAGGAAGUCGAGGAGAGGGACACAGCGAUGACGAGUCAACGAGGUCACAUUCCAGCAGAUCCACUUCUUCUAUGUCCUCAUCCUCAUCCAGUAGAGGACGCAGAACUCCUGCCAAGGUGACAAAGAGAGAGAUUUCGCCACCUCGGAAGACAGAGAAGGAUGAAUUCUUCGACAGCAAGGUGUCUGGGCCCACAUUCACGUUCCGUAACUCAAAAGAUGAGACGACCGAUCCUGAGGAAUAUCUGUCGGGAUACAAAGCGGGUCUUGAGGCAGCAUCCGCCGAGCAGAAGCAUCAGCACUCAGAGGAAGACCGUGCCAAGAAGCGAGUGCUGGAUGGUGUUACGAUACAUGACGCGGCACGCACUGGAGACAUGGACAGGAUGCAGAAACUGUUAGAUAACUUCCCAGACAUGAAAGAAUCCAAAGACGAGGCGGGGUUAACUCCCCUGCACAUAGCAUCCACACACGGUCGUCUGGACAUUGUGAAAUGGCUCACUGCCCUGGGUGUAAACCUCAACACAGAGACCCAGACUGGCUAUACGGCCAUACACCUGGCAGCAUCGAAUGGACACCUGAACUGUAUCAUCGUUCUGGCAGCAAUGGGAGCCAAGUUGACAUGUCUGUCAGUGGACAAGCAGACCCCAUUGCAUCUAGCUGCCAUGAAUGGUCACCUAGAGUGUGUCAAAUGGCUCAUAGCAAACCGUGCCAACCUGUCGGCCAAAGAUAAUCAAGAUCGCUCAGCCCUGGAGCUGGCAGAGGAGUAUCAACAGAAAGAGGUGGCAGCCUUCAUACGCAAAUGUCUCGAUGAGGAGAAAGACCCAAACAGCAGUUUACACUCACUCAGGAAGAGUCGCAAUGGGUUGGGUACCAUACAGGAAGAUUCAAGAACAGAGGGAUCCAGUCUUUGGAGGGAUGACUCAAAUGCGUACUCUUCGCGUGCCACAGCAGGAAGCCAGAGAGAAGGUAGAAAUGCACGGGAAUCAAAUGCUCAGUCAGCAAAGAACUUUAUUCAAAUACCGGUAAUAUGGAGAAGCGUAGACUGUACGAGGAACAACAGCAAAGAAAGGAGCGUACACACACGUCUUUCCUGGACAGCAUACGUGACGAGGUGGCAGAGUAAUGGUCACUCUAAGGAACAUUACCCAGCUAUAUUUGGGCCCACAGAGUUAGAACAAUAGGAAACAAUCCUCAGAUAUGUUUGGGUCUACAGAUAUAUAACAAUAGGGAACAAUAUUCAAUGAUAUUUGGGCCUUCAUAUAUAUGAGCCUCGCUCUGGGAAAACAGGGCUUAAUGCAUGUGCGUACAAUGUCGCCCCAGAUAAGCCUGAGCAGUCAGCACAGGCUAACCAGGAACGACACUUUCCCCUUUUGUGGAGUUUUUCGUCAAACGGAAGUCUCUGUUUGGCAAAAAUAUAGUUUAAAUAGAAAGUGUCUUCUCUGAUUAGCCGGUGUCGACUGCACAGUCUAAUCUGGCAAAUUCUUAAAGCACAUGUAUUAAGUCCCAUUUUCCAGAUAGUUAUCAAAGAAAUAGUGAUUGUUUACAACUUGAAAUUAAACGAUAUAUUGUUUUCCAAUCAAUAAUAGGAUACAAUUUAUUUGAGCAACCAUUGCACUAUUUGUAUGUUUAUAGAAUUGACUUGGUAAGAAAGUUUGAAUGUAACUUAAUUAUCCCCUGCCAUAGGCGAGGGAUAUUGUUUUGGCGUUUCCGUCCGUCUUUCCAUCCGUCCGUCCGUUCGGAGCCAUAUCUUGGAAGUGCUUUGGCUGAUUUCAUUGAAACUUGGUAUGAGUAUAUAUAUGGAUAAGAGGAUGAUGCACGCCAAAUGUCAUUGUACACCAUCUGUUAAUAAUGGAGUUAUGGUCCUUUGUAUCUUGAAAAAAUGCUUUUUUUAGUGUCAAAUAUAACACUUUUGUGUCCAGAAGCAUAUUGGCGGGGGAUAUCAAUUCAACGAAUUUGCUUGUUUCAAUUGUUUUGGUCCUGUUGUAUAUUUCUGUUGCAAUUCACAAUAGGUGGAUAUGAAAUAGUGUGCACGUUCAUUUUCAGUAGGUUACAUUAUUAAGUUUAGACAUUUUUAAUUUUACAACAUCCAGGGUAAAGGAUAUUUACAUAUAUUGUAUAUUUUUAAUGGUUGUUCAAUAUUUAUUCUGCUACAAAAUGUAUGAUGACUUCACAUGUUACGUCAGUCUGGUUAGAGGAUGUUUCACUAGGCAAGUUGAUGAUGUUGAUCUACAUUGGAAACACAACCUCCUUGGAUGCCAUAUGGUCUUUGUAUUGUUUUAGAUAAUGUCCAAAAUAUGAGCUUUAUUUGAGCAAAUUGUAUGCAGAUUUAUGGCAAACUUAUUGGUAACAUUUCCUAGAUAAUAAAUAGUUACAUUUGAACAAUGUGUUAAUUUGCCAGUGAAUGUCUCAUGUGUACAAUGACUCUGUAUUUUGGUGUAAAUUAAUUUAACAAAUGCAGCAUUUAUUUCAUUAAUGUCCUAAUCCUGUUCAUCUCAAAACUUGAUGUUUUACAUGUUACUCAGUUGCAUAUAUCAGGUUCAGAGCAUUCAAAGAGAACAAAUCAUCAUGGCAGCAACGCAAUUCACUUUAUUUCAAUCAGAUGUUGGUUAUGAAAAUAAUAUGUAAUGCAUAAAAAGAGUUCAGAUAUCUGGCAUUUUAUAUUGCUCUAUUAACUUCUGAGAAAGAAUAUGUUGCAACUAACCAAGUUUGUGCUGUUUAGUACCAUAUGUUUAUGUCAGAGUUUAUUAGGGUUCUAUUUUCAGAUAAUAAUCUGAAUUCAAUCAUUUUAAUUGUAAUGUUUUGCGCUUUUAAUACAGAAAGUGAAAUCAACAUCGACUUACAUAUUUUAUGUAGUAUAUAGAUCUUGCCUCAAUGUUUUGUUUGUUGUUAUUGUUUAUACAGAUUCAGAGUGUCUGUGAUAUGAAUAAUUCGACCAAAGUCUGUCUGAAAAGUGUUGUAACUUCUUAUAGCUUGGCUGUAGUGAAACUGUUUUGAACUUUUAUAGGCAAAUUUCUUAAUUGUAGAAGUUAAAAAAAAAUAUAGUUGAAUUUUUAUCAAUCGGUACACUUAUUGGCCUAUUGUCAUGUUCAUCAGCAGAUUUGUACAAAUUGGGAAUAUGAAUUAGGUUGUAUUUAUAUAUUUUUAGGGCAUGUAUAAUCAUCUGUUUAAGAUUAGCAUUAUUGUAAUAUAUACUCCGCAUUUUUGCGUGCAGAAAACAUGCAAGUGUGUUUCAGCGACGUCAACUUAACAAAACAAUUCAGAAUUUUGUUCACCUCAUUCCUAAACACUGAACAAUCAAAGUUAUGUCAAAGUUAUUGUCAAACACAGCGAAGUUAUUACGCUUAUAAAUUCAAAACAAAUGCCAAAUUAACCAAACAUGAACAUUUUUGUAGACUUAAAUGUUGCAAUAAUACAGCGUAUAUUGUUUAAGAGCACUGCAUUAUGUAAGAAAUCAUUUGUUUGUCAAAAGUUUUCUAGUUAGCGUGUUUAUGAGCCUUCACUUGUUUGAAAAAUUUCUUUGAAUUUCCUGAACUCUAUUCCAGACAAAAGGUUUCGGGUAAAGAUUUUUGCUGAUAAAGCCACGCUAUUUUUUUUGUAUUUCUUUUUUGCAGAAAACAAAUUGCAGGUCGUGGAAGUAUGUAAGAAAACUGUGAAAAUUGGUAGAAACAUUAUGCUAGUUUAAUAUGUGUUUUUUAAGCUCUAAUGUUGUAAUAAGAGAUAAGAAUUUAUAUUUUCAGUUGAAAGUCACAUUUUAUUUUUUAAACAUCUUUCAAAGAAGUAUACGCAAACAUUUUUAAUAUAGAUAGCUAUGAUAUUUUAUGUUGCAUACCUGUGAUAUUUUGUGUAUUUUUUGUUUUAACCAGAUGUUAUUACCGGUAGCUCAUGGAUUUUCUUUUACUGGGUAGAUGUCAUAUAAGCUUUAAUGCUUUUACCUUCAGUUCUUGUAGUUGACCUGUUACGUUUUGCUUUUGAACUUGUUAUAUAACUAUAAAUAUAUUAUUGAUUCACCUGACCUUUCAUAAUCCAUUUCAUAUACAUUUUUCACGAUUUUAUAUUAGAAAUAUAUUAUUAGAAAUCUGUGUUGUAUUAAAAUCUGCUCUAUUCAGUUUGUUUGUAUUAUUGGAUGAACUUCAUUUUUCUUGUAGAUUUGUUUAUUUGUUAUAACAGAAUAAUAAUUAUAUAUGCUUU